AUGGCUGCUUCCAUCUCUGGCCCCAUGGAUCGAUCGACUCUCGUUUUCUUCACUACGAGUGCACUAGCCGCUGCCUUCAAGAUCGCCUCAGCUGCUAUUAUCACAAGCCUGCUGGCCUCUAUUCUCGUGUCAACGAAUGCCUUUGGACUCGGUGUGGCGGCCUCGGUCUUCGAAGUCUUUGCUGUCCUUUCCAUGCUGACCUCGUUGGCUUUGUUCCUCAAGCGCUCCUCAACGCGUGCCAUCUAUUUAGCUUGGAUCCCUGGGGCUAUCUCAUGCCUACUUGGCGCAAUCCUGAGCCUCAUUGCUCUGGCCUGCACCAUCAAGGUGGCUAACGACCGUGAACCUCAUUCGACAAACAUCGACCUUGCCCGGAACAGUGCUGGAGCAGGAAUUGCCAUCGCCGUUGUUGGCUUGAUCCCUCAAACGGCCUUCUACGUCUUGGUCUGGCCACGAGCGGAGCAGGAGCGAUCGUCCCCGCUAGAGGUCACGCAGCAUCGGCCAUCUCCCUCACGUUCGUCAAAUCGGCACUCGAUAUCUCUUCGCCUUGGCACAAUCGGCCCGUCGUCCCCGCCAAAGUUCUACACUCAGGCGCAGCCUGCUUCGCCUUCCCGUUCGAUGUUCUACUCCAGCCAAAGGUCGUCCAUGAAAGAGUCUGCUAGUCAGAUACUCCGGCCAAUGGCAUCGAAGACCCGACUGAUGGUUGGCUCGCCUUUCUCUUCGACGAGAGAUGUGCGAAGCAUCGUCUCUGCGAGCGACUCAAGGCCUGAUGGAAUUUGGAGUAGCAACGAUGACUUCGGUGAUUGGGACACAUCUGCCAUUGAGGCUCGCUACGAUAGCCCAUUAGGUUCAAAGGCUAGAGUGGCGAGGCUGGAGACCAUCCCGGGUAGCCGCCCAGUCUCUCCAGGAGGUGCUCUUGACGGACCCUUUCCCGGUAACGACGAUCUUCCCGAAGACAUACCCUUGCCUGAAUCUGCACUCCCUUCGCCCAUGCCGCCUGCUUCUGACACGGCUUCCCUUCGAAGCCCUCGACCUAUCGUUAGGGUAAACACAGACACCACGAACAACGAAGCCCACAUCCACCCACUGUUCCGAAUCGAAAGCCCUGCACCCCCUCCAAUGGCUUCUCCAAACACGGUCAUCACUGCGUCUCCCUUUGCUGGCCAGGUCGUCAAUGCAGAGCGAGCAAUGAGUCCAAUGAGCUCUUGGCGGAAUGGCAGUCGGCCCGGGACCCCGAGCGCUGUGGCAUCGCCUUCUCGUAGCCGGACUGGUAGCAUGAAGAGUUUCCGGACGGUGCCAGCUUCUGCUGCGACAUCACCCAUCGAGGCCCCUCAAAGGAGCUUUUCCAAUCUAUCACGAACACGCGCAGUGAUGCCGAACGAUUGA